CUGCUGCAUGAAAAUUUCAGAAGUCUUAUGGUAAAAAAUGAGCUUGAUAAGCCUUAAAGAAAAAUGUAAACUGGAAAAUAAGAUAGGAUUUUUCAUAAAAUUUAAAAAUCUUAUGUAUAUGAUUUUUAUAUAUUUCUGGAAUUUUCUAUAAGAAAAAAAAACGUAUUUCUGAAUUAGUUGUCAAUAGCGACAGUUAAUGCAUUGUAUGUUAAUUCGGUAGAAUAAUUGGCCUAUCAGAUAUUCAUUGGAGAAUUAGCAAAAAUAUCUAUACAUAGGCUUUCUUCGGCAGCUGCGUAACAAAUGGAGAAAAUGUCAUAUAACUUUGCUUGGACUCAGGUGAAAAUUUGAUCAUUAGCGCUUAAACAAUUUAUUUAUUUAAUCCAUUGUUUGUGUUUGUAUAACAUGUGGAUGAUUCCAAAGUUAUUAUCUUCUAUCAUCGAUCAGGGUAAGAUAGGUGAAUUUUUAUUUCAUAAACGAUAGUGACAUAUUACGCACAGAGCCAUGUUCUUUCAAGAUAAUUCUUACCGCCGCGCCAGACUACAAUAUGACAAUGACAAAAAAUUAACAGCAACAGCAUAUUUUUGUCUGUGUCAAUAGAUUAUUUUGUAACUGGAAAAAAAAGUUUAGCUGGAAAAAUAUGUAAUUUUUUUGCGGACAGAGGAGACAUUUUCCGUGAAGCAAUCUAAUCAGAAAUUGCAGAAAUCUUAGAAAUGUUAAUUGCGGUGAUGAGAUUAAAAUGGAAAGUGGAAGUAAUGGAAAAAUACAGUGUUUAUUUUCCGACAAAAAUGAAGCUUUAAUAAUGUGAAUCGAUAUAAAUUCUACUUUUUAUCACUUAUUUAUAUGUAUAUAAGACAGAGAAUAUGUUAAUUAGGAACUAAGAGGAAAAUGAUGAUUAUGUGGGGAAAUUAAAGUUGGCGAAGCUUUUUGUGUAUUUGUUUAUUCUCAACAAAGAACUAUUAAAUGUAUAUUUAUGAAAUGUGUAUUAAAGGUUGCCGUUUGUUAUUAGAACGUCUGCUGCAGAAUGUUUUAUGAUCAGGAUUUUAUAUGCAUGUAUCUUAAUUAGAACAGCGAGAUUUUUGUAAUGGUAAUAUAGUGUAAAUUCAGCUUUUAAUGUUUUGCUGCUUAAAAAGUAUUAACCAUGCAGAAAGCUAUAAGAUUCAACGAAAACCAGCUAUUAUACUUGGCAAACAAAUCGCGCCAAGAAAAUACUAUGGCAGGAUUUUUACACAAGAAAAGUUCCGAUACAGGAAAGUGGCAAUUGCGUUAUUUUAUACUUUACCAAAAUCUUUUACUGUAUUUUGAAAACGACCAAUCAGUGAGGCCGUCAGGGGUUGCGCUCCUUGAAGGAAGCUACUGCGAACGUGUACUGACACCUGCGGCAGUCAAAGGGAAAGAUACAGAAAAACAGACACCAUACCCAGGAUGGGGUAAUUACAAGUUAGAGUAUUGUUUUACAAUAACCUAUAAGAAUGAAGGCCAGAGACAUUAUGAUCUACGGACAGAUACAGAAGCUGAGUGCAAUGCAUGGAUUGACAAUGUUAAAAGAGCGCCAUAUAGUAAAGUAUUGGAACAAAAAGAAGAGUUGGAGCAAAAACAUCUCCAUCUCCUUCAGAUCCUCGACAGUGAAAGACAGUCAAAAUGGCAGUAUGUUCAACAGACUGAAGAACUUGGUCAGGAGGUUAAAAAAAUUAGAACAGAGUUGCAGAAAUUUAAGAAAGAAAGAAUAGUAUCAAAUCAUUCAGUGGACGAAGAAACAGAUGAGUUAAAGAAAAUUAAGAAGGUUCAGAGUUUUUUCCGAGGUUGGCUAUGUAGAAGAAGAUGGAAACAGAUCGUAGAAUUAUACAUACGCUCUCCUCAUGCAGAGAGUAUGCGCAAAAGGAAUAGUAUUGUUUUUAAUAUGGUGGAAUGUGAAGAAGAAUACAACAGACAGUUAUCUACCCUUGUUACUUGUUUUUUACGACCUCUUAGAAUGGCAGCAUCAUCUAAAAAACCACCUAUAUCUCAUGAGGAUGUCAAUUCCAUAUUUUUAAACAGUGAAACAUUAUUGUUUUUACAUCAGAUAUUCCUGAAGGGCCUGUGUGCUCGGUUAGAAAAUUGGCCCACUCUGGUUCUAGGAGAUUUAUUUGACAUGCUACUUCCUAUGCUGUGUAUAUACCAGGAGUAUGUGCGUAACCAUCAUUACAGUCUACAGGUGCUAGCCGAGUACAAACAAAAAACAGAAUUUAAUGCUCUGCUGAAAAGAUAUGAAGAAAAACCAGUGUGUGAAGGGCGAUCGGUGGAAGUUUUUCUUACAUAUCCUAUGCAUCAGAUACCUCGCUAUAUUAUAACUCUCCAUGAACUACUAGCUCAUACACCACAUGACCAUGUAGAGAGACAGAGUCUGGAGUAUGCCAAGGGAAAGCUGGAGGAAUUAUCAAGGAUAAUGCAUGAUGAAGUUAGUGAGACAGAAAAUAUCAGGAAAAACUUAUCCAUAGAAAGGAUGAUUGUUGAAGGAUGUGACAUUCUUUUGGAUGUAAACCAGACUUUUGUAAGACAAGGGCCACUCUUGCAGAUUUUACAGGAAAAAGGCAAAUCAAGCAGAGGUCGUCUAGGAUCCUUGAGUACGUCAUUUAAGGAUUCCAAAAAGGAGGUGGUACGGCAGGUCUUCCUUUUUACCAAUCAUAUGCUUUUGACAACACGGGCCUCAAAUGGAAGGCUCCAUCUCGCAAAAAUUUUACCUCGUUCCCGUGAUCAGCACUAUGGAAAGAUUCCACUUAUAGACUGUACUCUUAUUGAAGAUCCUAGUUCUGAUGUGUAUUAUUUUGAUGACGACACAAUAUCUUGGGAAAGCUUUGGAAGUCUAACUUCUGCAACCACAUUACUGACAGCUCAGGCCUGUGACCGAGAUCGCAAUAACUACAAUGGAUUAGAUUUUAAAAUUAUUAUUGAUUCAAAGAGUGGACCUCCAACCACUUUGACAUUGGUAGCUUCCACGCACCAAGAAAAAAUUGCUUGGUGUAGUGAUAUUAGUCAGUGCAUAGAAAAUCUCCAUUACAGUGACCUACUGAACUCCUCCAUGAGUGAGUCGUCUUCAGUUACGAUGCCCCAGUCUGUCAGAUACAUCCAUGAUGCUCAAAUCUGGUCUGAUCCAAAGCUGUUUAAGGAUGAUGUUGACAUCAAGUUCAGUAGAACAUUAAAUUCCUGCAAAGUGCCUCAAAUCCGUCAUGCCAGUGUAGACCGCCUACUAGAUCGUCUCACUGAUCUCAGGUUUCUAAGCAUCGAUUUCCUGAACACAUUCCUGCUGACCUAUAGAGUGUUUUCUAGUGGAAAAGUGGUGCUGGAAGCCCUCAAACGGGUUUAUAAGAAUCCUGAACAGACAUUGGAUUCUAGCCUGUCUUCUUGCCAAUCAGCAUCAGAUACUGAUAUCUACAGUACGAGCCCACCACAACAGUUCACAGAGCAUCCACCCACCGACACCAAACUUCUACUCAAACCUCAAGUGGAAAAACCACGCAGAAUAAGUACAGGGGAUAUGAAACAUGAAGUAUCUAUGGAGAAAAGACCAAUUAAGAAACCCCCUACACUAGGAUCUGAAUCAUUCCAUAAAUUAGAUAGUAGAGAUUCCAUUGACAGUGAUGAAACAGGAAGUGAAUUACAGAGUUUUUUAGCGCCACCAAAGCAAAAACUUGCUCCCAUUGCUUCAACGGAAACAUUGACAGAUCAUGAAACAUGUGUUCCGUCAAUAAAAAUGGAGGUUUCUGGGUCUUUAAAAUUAUCCUUGGGUGCUGGAGAAAUUGGUGAAACCUGUGAUUAUUCUAGUGACGAGGACAAGGAUUUUUUAAGUGAAUCACAAAUAUUUCUGUCAGAAUCAGAGUCCACAGAAACAUUUCACACUGCUCGUGAUCAGAGCUCAAAUACUAUUAGCUCAGCGGCAAGCUCUGACACAUUGACUCCUGGAACACCAAGAUUGAGUCCUUUUCCAUCACCCAGAGUGAGUCCAAGGUUUAAUAUAAGAGGGCAAACAAAUGGCAUUCCAACAAGAAGUUUAAGUCCAGGAUAUGAAAAGAGACCACUGUCUCCAAGCAGAGGAUACCAUUUCAGUACAGAUCCUCAUAUGUUAGAAGCGUUAGCACUAUCUCCUAGUAGUCCGAUACGUAUCAUUAAACCACCUAUGUCUUCACCAAUCAGAAUUCCUUCACCUACAGCCAGAGCUACUUCUCCUCUCAGGAGAGCUCCAUCUCCAGGCAGACGACCAUCUUCUCCAACACGACAGGAGGUCUCAUCACCAUCACUACAAAGACGGACCUCGCCAACUAGGCUAGAACUCUCCCCAUCUCCCAGACGACAGUCUUCUCCAACAAGAAGAGAACUUUCACCAGCAGUUCGUGAUCGUAGACCAUCCACCCCACCUAGGUUAUCUCCCAUCAAGUCACCGAUUUCCAGUCCAAAAAUCAACAGAGCACCUUCACCCAUUAUGUACAGUAUGUCAUCGCCAAACAUCAUGUCACAUAUCAAAAGGCCAUUUACUGGUAAGAGAGGAAGUGCUGAGGCUGAAUCUAUAGGAAGUAUAUACAGUACUCCAAGGAGUAGUAUAAUUAGUGCCAGUACACCACGUAGCAGCAUUAUAAGUCAGAUAGAGGGUUCCCCACCUCAGGCCAAAUCUGGUGCUGUUGUUACAUCUUCUCGUAGAUCCCAACGAAGAUCAAGUUCCACAGCAGCUUUGACAGCAUUUGCUGUGGCUACAGCUGGGUCAGUGAACUACCCCGAGAGUCCACAACCAGGUCAAGGUCAGCAACAACAGGUGCCAACAACCCAGCAACCACCAACGGUAACUGUACCAGUGUCUACACAACCACCACAACAGCAGGCAACAGCACCACCUCAGCCACAGACCACUCCAAGGACAUCAAGGGCAUUUCUACAGCCCACUACAGGAACUGGUGAUUCUCGUCUACAGAAGAAGAGAGAAUCUGUGAUAAGUACUGCUGCCACCAUGAGAGUGCUUAACAUAGUCAAACAUUGGGUAUCUAAAUUCCAACAGGAUUUUGAGAGUGACCCAGAGCUGAAAGCAUUAGUGAUUGACAUGUUAGAGGAGAUGGUUUGUAAUACAUCACUGUUACCCACAGAACACAAAGCUGCAGCAUCAAUCUUACGUACAAUCAACAAGGAAUCUCAAGAAGUCAAGAAAGUCGACUUAGAAAAGUUACUUACACCACCUGCGAUAUCUUCCAAAGACACCUUUGAUUCUCUAUCUGCAUUAGAUAUUGCUGAACAGUUAACAUACUUAGAUCAUAAAAUAUUUAUCAGCAUAAGGAGCGAGGAGUUACUUGGACAGGCUUGGAUGAAGCCAUCAAAGUGUCAUAGAGCUCCUCAUGUUCUUCUUGUCAGUAAAAGAUUCAACGAAGUUAGUAGAUUGGUUGUAUCAGAAAUUGUUGGUCGACAGACCUUGACAGACAGAGUAGUGUGUAUAGAGAAAUGGGCGGCCAUUGCUGAUAUCUGUCGUUGUAUGCACAAUUACAAUGGAGUACUCCAAAUCUGUGCAGCAUUUGUAAACAGUUCUGUGUACAGACUGAAAAAGACGUGGGAGAAACUCACAAAGCAGACCAAGCAAAUGAUAGAAAGAUUACAGACUUUAGUGUCAUCUGAUGGUAGAUUUAAAAAUAUGAGAGAUGCUCUACACAGAUGUGACCCACCAACCAUACCGUACCUAGGGAUGUAUCUAACUGACUUAUCAUUUAUAGAGGAAGGUACACCAGAUUAUACAGAGGAAAAUCUUAUCAACUUCUCCAAAAUGAGAAUGAUUGCCCAUGUUAUACGAGAAAUCCGUCUAUUUCAGCAGACACCUUACAGGAUAGAGCAUCAUCCAAGGGUGACUAACUAUCUUCUAGAUCCUGCUAGAUUACUUGAUGAUGAACAAACUUACAAAUACUCAUUAGAAAUAGAACCAAAGCAAUCACGUUUAUCAACUGUAUCCCUGCCCCCAUCAUGACCAUAGAUUCAUCAUAAUAACUGGAAUAAAGUGAAGGAUACAGCAUCAUGUCAGGAAGAGUUUUUGAGUGAAGUUUUUAGUUUGGAAUCCAAAUACUUGACUUUGGAGAUUUAAGUUUUUUCAGUGAACAGAUAUUUUAAAGAGAGAUUUGAGAUUGUAGUUCAGUAGGUUUGUUUGGUUGCAGGAGGAUUUUUUUUAUCUUAAAUUUUGUACUACGUGUGCUUGUAAUAUUUUUAUACAGCAGAAUUUUGGACAAUUUAUACAUAGAUAUGUAUAUAAUCAGAUAUGAUUUAUCAUAAACAUAUAUAUCUCAGAGAACACAGGAUACAACAUUGACAAUGUGAAACUUGAAGUGAUUAUGUAAAAGUGGAUUUGUGAAAACAUUCCAUUGAUCCAGAUUGUUGAUUUAUUGUUUCAUUGGAAUUUAAAUGGCUUAAUGCUGUAGUGUCUGAAAAAGAAAUAUAUCAGAUAUCCAAAAACAGAUGAAUUGGUACAAAUCCAAGAAUUGCUACUCUAAAGAUGGAAUAUUUCAGAUUUACUCAUUCCAGUAAAGUACUUGUAGCUUAUCUGUUAGUGACAAUUUAUAUUUGUUUAUUUAUUUAUAUAUUGUGAUAGAAGAUGGGGUUUGGACCAAUUUUAAAUACACAAAGCAUUUCGGUCCAGAUUAUAGCAGUUGUUACUACAGAUCUAUUCACACCAGAUGUUUAGAUCUGUUUUUGUUUAACUUUAAGAUUGUAUUGGUGUAUUGAUAUCUUUUUCCUCUCUUCCAUGGUAAAAAUGAUUGUAUUUUGGGACCAUCUACUCUACGAUUCUGUUUCAUUAUUUUUGUUGUAAUUAGGGUUUCUCUUGGAUGUUUAAACUCUUAGAGAUUCAACCUAAGUUGUUGUAUUGAGCUUGUGCUAUAGUAUGAUAUAGUUGUUAGUUAUAUUAAAAAAAUUAAUGCAUGUCUUGAGGCAUAUCCAAAUUUUCCGCUGUGCAUCUAUUUUUAGAAGCAGGAAGUGAAUUGUUAGAUAAUGUUAAGUAAUCAUAUGUAAAACUUGAACACAGAUUUUGGUCUGAUUUAUGUAAUUAUUAUAAAAUUGUUUUAUUUCUGUGAUAGCAUUUUAACAUCAAUAUAUGUAAAUCUCAGUGCAAUCAAACAGCUUUAUUGAACAAGUGUGCAAUAUUAUUGUGCAAUAUCUAUGAACAACUGUCAUGGUGCCAUUUUUGAAAUACAUGACUACUUGCGGUUCUUAGAACUUAAUAAGUUGAAAGUUUUUCAUACUAUGAAGGAUUCUGUGCAAAAUAACUGGCUUUAUUAAAAUGGUUUCAAUUUCUACAUGUUCUACAGGAGUUUUAAUGGAGCUACCCUUUCACUGUUAAAUCAUUCAAUUUAUAAGUAUUAUCUCAGAAGUCAAAAUUAUUAAUGAACUUCAAGUAUUUUUUCUUCUUUAAAAUUAUAUUUUUAUUGGAAAAAUGAACCCUUUAAAAAAAAAAGAAGAUUUUUACAGCCAGAACUCCACUCUAACUUUGAAGGUCACCUCUGCAACUUUUCAAUUGUUAGGUUAAUAAAAUAUGGUUGUGAAUUAUUGAGAUAUUUUUGCUCAUUGUUAUUUCUUCUCAUUGUACAGUGUUUGUGUGUUUGCUUGUUAGUUGUUUAUAAUGUUGCUAUGUUAUAAACAUUUAUAAUUUCCCAUUGUUUGUGCCAAAACUACCAAUAUUUCAGUAAAUUAAAUAGUAUUUAGGGACAAGCAAGUUUUCUUAAUAACUUUUUAGCUUAAAGAAUUGAUAUAUAGUAGUUCAUCCUUUCAUACUAAAAGAAAUGAGACAGUUCAUAGGCAAAGGGCUAUAAACCUUACCAUUAAAUUAUACCCAGAAACCAUAAAUCAUAAAGGUUACAUUGAGAAAUGACAUAUUAUUCAUUGUUUUUAAUGCUAAACCUAAGAUAAAGAGAAAAGAUCUAAAAAGCACCAACAUAACGUUAAAUUUAGAUACAAUACAUUUGAUUGUUAUGAUUCAUAUUACAAUUUACAUGAAAUUAAAGUAUAAGUAUAUUUGGGAGAUUCUAAAUCAAGAUAUUUGUCAGACCAUCCAAGAAAUUUUGAGAAAAAAAUAAAAUCAGAAAUUUGAAUAGAUUCUAGGGUAAAGCAUUCUUGAGAUGAGAAUCUAAAGAUAAAUUUUCCAGCCUUAAAAAGAAGGAUUCAAAUUUUUUGAAGUCAAAAAAUAUUUCUGAAAAAACCUGGUAAAUGGCAGAAAUUUUACCAAAUCUAGAAAAUUGGUGAAUUAAAAUCAGAAAAAGUGGUUAACACAACUGAAUAACUCAUUUUCAUACUUGGACAAAGUUUUGAAGUACUUAACACAUGUGACUUUUUUUUCUUAUUUGAAAUUUGAUAUCAUAUCUUUUCCUUUAAGUUUGAAAUAAGUGCCAGUAUUCUAACAGAGAAUGUGUAUUACUCAGUUCUUGGAUUUAUUCUCCAAUGGAUAAGAAAUGGAAAAUGGUUUAUGAAGGUAGAAAUUGAUUAAUAUUUGGACAUUUUUAACCCCAAAAAAUGUGAGCAUACCA